GCGCGGGGCUCAAAGAGCGCGGGGCGGGCCCGCCGGCACCUCCAGCCCCGGCCGGGGAGCGCCCAGAGCCCGAGCCGCUCCGCAGCCGCCAGCAUGAACAAGGGCAUCUUGCACACGCUUAAAACGAAAAGAGAACUCAUUCCCCUGGCCGGAAUAUUGUCCUUGGCAGCAGCUGGGGCGUUCUCUUUUUGUGUCUAUUCACUAUUCCGCAAAUCUGAUGUGAUCAUUCACAAGAUUGGCAGUUCAGAACCAUGGGAAACUAUUGAUCCUGCCAAGCCUCAGAAGCUGGUAACAAUCAGUCAGCAGUGGCGACCUAUAGAGGAGCUGGAAGAGGUCAAAAAGCUUACGAAGUGAGAAGUUUCUGUUGCCUCAAAAAGCGGGAGUGGCCGUGGCUCUCCUCAGCCCGCAGCUCUUCGUGAACGCUGGGAGCGGAGCGCCAUCGUCUGGAAUAGCCGGGAACGGCCUGGAAGGCAACCAGGUGAGGGGAGCCUUUGACUUGUUCUCUCAGGGGAAACAGGAACAGGAGAAAUCUGUAAAAAAUGCAGAAUAAUUGUAUGCUGCGAUGAACUAUAGAGCACCGCCUUAACUAUGAAAGUGUUUGUUUACAGUGUUUUUCUCAAAAUUAAAAGGCCAGAUACUAGACUUAGGUGACUAGUUUUAUAAGUUCAUAUUUAAUCAGUUUGUUUAGGAAUUUAUUAAAUAAUUUCUUUGUGUAUGCUUUGGGAAAAGAAAUAGAAAGAUUGCAGGGACUUGGGUGCUUUUCAUACUCCUGGGAUAAAUGCAGUCUGCUUGCCAUCUGGGUCCUUUUGUUUAUUCAUCAGCUGAACUAAAAAUCCCUGUAUGUAUUAGUUUACUAUGUAAAACAAUGCAGGACACACUCUAUACAGACAACGCUGAUUCAUUUACUGGCUGAUAAUGGUCCUGGAGAAACAACUUAUCUUUUUACCAUGUAUAAGGCAAUCAUGAAACAGUCAUCUUAAGGAUAAAAUUAUAUUUUGCUUAUGAAAUGGCUUGCUUUUUUCCUGGCAUAAAUUGAUGCCAUAAAAGGUGUAAAUGCUUCAGUUAAAAGCUGUAAUAAAUGCAGUUAUUUUAACCUGCAUAUUUAGCACCAGUUGCUUUCAAACUGUGCAAUACUGAGAGAAGACAAUGUAGAAAAGGAAAAUAGAGAUAAAAGAGCAAAAAUACUCAAAAGAGCAAAUAUAAUGAUGAGGAUAUCAUCAUUUUACAGCUUUACACACAGAAGGCAGCUACACGUGUGUUUUAAGAGCAGAUUGCUGUGGUGGCUGCAAAACAGUAAAUGGAAAGGAUCCAUAUUUAUUCUAGUAGCUUCCAAAGUUGUGUCAGGGAUUUGAAAGAAUUAAAGAGCAUGUAGGGUCCUUCCUAGAGCAUUCAGCUCUGGAAAAUUGCAUAAGAAGAGUAGACCAGUAGGGGAUUUUCCAGAUCCUGAGCACAGAGACUGUCAAUGCCCAGCAUGAUUUGUUAUAGAGGGGAGGAGAGGAUGAAACUGGGAAGAGAAUUAAGGGUGGAGGACAUUUAUAUUUUUAAUGUGGAGGACAUUUAUAUUUUUUAUGGUAGAAAAGGAAUCUAGAGGCUUUCAGAAUAGGUCUUUCCUAUGAAUUAGCAGCUUGGUUAGAAGGCUUUAUUUUUAUUUUAUUGAUCAAAGAGGAAAUGACCUUAGGGCAAAGGCAGGCCUGUAUUUGAACAGCACUGUUCUUGGGGUGUGUUCCACCCCUGGUGCAGUGAGAGAAACUCCUGGUGACCCUGUAAGCAGCAGGUGCCCAGAGUGUGAGCUGGACAUUAUUAAUGAAACUGUGGAGAGGACAGAAUAUGGCAAGAAAAUAGAGAGGGAAGCUGAGAGCAGUGGCAUAAUGCAAAGAGCUGGUGAAACAUGACAUUGAGCUACGUGUGCUCACCAAAUGUGUUUGGAGCAAUGUGUUUGGAGCAAUCAGCAAGAAUAAAGACCUUGGCAAUGCUCUUUUGGGUAGAGGGAAAUGGGCUGGGUACUUCCAGGGGAUUGUCUCCUUCUCUUGAGAACUCAAGGGAACUUCUUCUCUGGCAAUGGAUUAGUUUAUUGGACUAGGAAGCUGCUGCAGUAUGUACCAUGUCUUUUACCCAAUAAGCCAUCUUUGUUUAUUACACUUACACUUAUUUGUAGAGAGAAAUAAUGCUUUAACAGCCCUGCCCUGUGCAGCAUCAGUGCAGUGUCUUCAUGAGAUCCCAACAAAACACCUGAACAGAAUCCUUGCCACUCAUUACUUGAUGGGUGUCUUCUGGGGUUUUUCCUUCUAUGUCAGAAAAUUACUUUUAAAUGCCAGCCUUCUGCUUUUCUGAGUCACUCUGCCACUUGGGAGUGAUUCUGCAAGAAAUAGCAGAUAUGUACAGUAGUGAGAUAAUUGAAGACCAGAUUCAAGUAUGACAUUUUAAAUGGUAAUUCUGCUGGUGAAGAAAGAAAUGCUGCUGGUAUUGAAAAGACAAAAUGUCAACACAAUUAAAAACAAAAACCAAACCACAUAAUUAGGCGAGGAAAACAUUCAGAAACAAAAUAUGUUUCUACUAAUUUUCUUCUUAGGAUAAGAACACUUGAGAAGGGAAGAGUAGGAUGUGAGGGUUUGCAAUCUACUCAUAUGAAGAUGUUUUAUUGACUCAUAUGAGUAGGUUGUCAUCAAAACUGUAUCUGUGCUUCAGAAGAGGAUGGGUGACAAUCACUGAUUUAGAAAGGAAAAACCUUCUCCCAAUGUGGACUUUCAGAAGUGGCAAAAUUUUCUCAGGAUUUCAUCUGUUCAGUCAGCAAGAGCAUUCGACCACAGCUCUGAAAACCAGGGAUACUGGUUGUGGAAACCUGCUUGGAUCUCGGAAGUUUUUUGUUUAGAAAGAAGUUCUGUCAAGUAUAUGCAUUUUCACUUCAGGCAGAGCAUUUGUUAGAAGGAAAAGAAUAGUGUAAGAGUGUGUAAACUAUCUUAACCAUAUUAAAUAAUCUGGCUUGGAAAAACAUGAAACCUUAUUUAUAAUAAUGCCCCUUUUCUCUAAGCUGAUACUGAAAACAAUCUUGGAGUAUCUACAAAAACUUACUGAUUCUUUUAUUCUUUAUUCUCAUUUUGUCUUCUGUUGCC